AUAUCGCCUGUCAUACUAUGUUUACAAUCGUAAAGAUUCGACAAAACGAAGCGGAGAAGAAAAGUUAAAAUUUUAUUGAAAAAGGACUGUGAUUGAAGAAAGGAAAUGUCUAAAGUAAUUGCACCUACAAAUGAAAUAUCAGUGGUUCGUCUUAAGAAGUGUGGUAAACGCUUCGAAGUCGCCUGCCACAAAGACAACCUUUUGUCGUGGAGAAACAACAUUGAAAAAGAUAUUGACGACGUUCUGCGAUCACGGAAAGUGUUUCUCAAUGUGUCCAAACGACAAAUGGCUAAAAACACCGAUUUAAUGGCAGCAUUCAACACAGACAAUGUUGAUGCAAUUUGCAAGGAAAUCUUGGAAAAAGGCGAGCUUCAAGUGACGGAAAGAGAACGUCACUCACAAUCAGAUUCGCUGUUCAAGGACAUAGCCACCAACAUAUCCAAUGAAUGUGUGAAUUCCGAAACCAAAUGUCCGUACACUGUAGAGAUGAUCGAACAAGCAUUGAAAGACAUCCGAUUCUCAGUGAAACCGCAUCAGACUGUUGCACAGCAGACAAUCGAAGCUACGUCGCUGUUGAAGAAGAGUAUUCCAAUCGAGCGAACCAACAUGCGAAUUAAAAUAGCCAUUUGCGGUAAGGAUGCUAAGAAGAUGAAAGAUAAAAUUGUUCAGCAUUGUAGCAAGGUGGAGGAAGAGAGUUGGAAUAGUGGCAAUCUGACACUGGUUGGAAUAAUCGUUCCCGGUAGUCUGAGGAUAAUAAGCGACAUCAUUUCCGCAGACUCUAAGGGCACUGGAAAACUGGACGUCUUAAUUUUAACAGAAACAGAUGUAAUUGAUGACGAGGCGGUGGAGGUGACGGAAGAAUAAAUUAAUUUCGUUUUUGGA